AUGACCAUCGGCUUAUUCGGACUCAUGGCAGUCGGAGUCGGAAGCUUCUGCACCUACCGUUCCUUCAGCACUCAUCCAAAACACCAUCCAGAAUUAUCCGCACUCAACAUGGGAAUAUUCCAAGCCUUCUCAGUCUUACUCCUAUCAGAAGGCUUCCUUCUCAUCAUCUCCUCUGCUCUUCUCUACAAGACCGCAUCCGUUCGAGUGAUGGACUCGGAGAAAGAAGACGAAGAAAAAGCCGGAACCAAGACGCAAGACGUGCUAUGCACCGACGCCGGAAGAAGAGGCGACGCCGACGAGGAAGAAACGGACUCGCGACUCGAUUCGUUCGCCAAUUGUCUAGUAGGUGUCGCGUGCUGUAUGGGGUGUUCGGCGGGCCUGUUCCUCGUGUGGUACGUGGAGGAGUACGCGACGGUGUUUGAGGUCAUGGACGAGGUCUGGGACUUGGCCAAACUGGUUGCCAUUGGCGUGGCGGCGUUGAAUGCCCCGAGUGCCAUUCUGGUGCUGUGUGUGACCACUUGGAGGUGUGGCAAGGGGUGUUGGGCAUUGUGUAGCAUGAGGUCGGAGACGAUGCGAGUCCAACAACAACAACUGGCUGAUACUACUGAUGAUGCGGGAAAAGAGAGAGAGGAAGAAGGCUGUUUUGUUUUCCAUGGCUCACUUUUGGAAGUUUCACCAAAGCACACUGUGACAAGAGCAAAGGAACUGAGUCUCACUGGCUGGGUGAAGAACACUGCUCAUGGCUCUGUCAUUGGCCACAUGGAAGGAUCCACUCCUCAUAUCCAGAACAUGCAAGUCAUCCUGAUUUUCAGGUCCUUGAAGGAGAAGAAAAAAAAAGAGGGAGAGGAAAUAUAUAUUCGAGGAAGCCGACGACCCGGUUAUUCAUUACGAGUCGAGACCAGUUUCGGAGCAGAAAUCAUCCGUUUCACCAUGUCGCUGUAUGAAAAAGGUUGGAACAGUCCGAACGAGCAGGCAGUUAUCAGAGACGUGACCAUAGACAUUCCUCAUCAUCAUCAUCAUCGGAAUGUGACACGUGGUCUGAGUUUCGACAACCCGUCAUUCAAUGCUGACGAGCAGCAGCAGCAGGAGGAGAACGGCGACGAAAACGACACCCGUCGACAGCAGCGACACCGUCGACGCGGACACGACACCGACGACGACGACGACGACAACAACGUUCAUCCCGAAAAGAGUCGCGAUGACGGGAAAAAGUCCGAGUACGAUUUCGAAGAUGACGCUGAAGAUGGCAGCACGGGUCUGAGGAAAUGGUUCCCGGGUUUGUUUGAGGACUGGAGGGGCAAGGAUUGGAGGGACUUUCUGUCGGAUUUCGUGCCAGGGAUCCCCGUGGGCAUUUCCAGUGUGCCCCAGGGCAUCGUGUUUGCUGAACUGUCGAAUCUUCCUGUUCAGACAACAUAUGAUAAAUAUGUGGAUUACUUUUCAACAAGAGCUGUAACUUGUGGAGUGUUUUCUGCUGCUGGAUGUUUGACCAUGUUGGCGAUGGUGCGAUUCUUUUUGGGGCUGAAUGAAGUCAAGGGACACAAUGCAGUACAACUCAUAACUAGAAUGUAUGAAAGCAGUGAUGGUAUUCGCAAGUAUGACUGCAUCAUGGGGGCCAUUUCCUUGGUGGUUUUGAUCUUCCUCCAGUUUUGGAUUGGGUUUCUUUUUGAGAUUGGGAUUGGAAAUGCCAUUGAGAAGUUUGUGCUUGCAGCCCCAGUGAAAAGAACAGGGAUUCCAGAUCCAGGUUGGCCCUGGGGCCUGGCAAAUGAAGUAGUAGACCCAGCUGACCCUGAUUAUGAAUGCAAGGAUCCCAUCAGGCUUUUGAAAGAAAUCUGCAGCACCUGUUUGGGACUUGAUUCAAUUGUCAUUUUGAUGGUGUGCCUCAUGCAGCACUUGGCUGUCACUAGGAAAUUUGCUGUUGUUGUGCUGCUUGCACUUCACUUCUUCACUCCAUACAUGAGGUACAUCCCUAAACCCGCCCUAGGAGGGAUUGUAUUCUGUGGGAUGUUCCCUAUGGUGAUGCAUGAGGAGGCAAAGAAGAUGUGGAGAGCUAAUAAGAGUGGCUUGCUAUUUGGAAUCAAAGUUGGAUUCCUUUUGGGAGUCUGUGGGAGUUUCUUGAACACAGCUGUGCUAGCUGGAGAGCCUGCAAUCAGGAUUGAAAAUCUCAGGCUAUGUGGAGAUAAAUCAGUGGCAAUACUGAAGCCUUCAGGAUCCCUGAUUUACCCAUCUGCAAACAAAUUGGUGAAAAUGAUCCAGAGGCUCCUGGGUACAUUUGACCUGGUGGUCAUUGACUGCAGUCAUGUCAUGGAAGUUGACUACACAGUCAUUGACUGUAUGCUGAGUAAUUUUGGGAAGCUGCAGAAAGUCUAUUUUGUGAAUGUCACUGAAGUGUUGUUUGCCGGUUUGGCCCAACAGACUGAGUUCAUGAUAUUCAGGGACAAGGAUGAGGACUGGAUUCAAAGGGUUUCUGAAACUUUGGGAGGAGGGAUCAAAGCAGAACACCAACCAGUCACAUCAUCAUCAUCUGCACACUCAAGUUCAUCUCAGGCUCAUUAAUUCGGGCUGAAAUAUGAAACCGAUUUGCUGAUGAUGUUGCAUCUUUUUUUCCUCCCCAAAAAAGCUCGUCAGCGCUUAUUUAAAAAAUAAUAAUUCUCUCCAUUCGUUUGGAAACGACGAGUCGUUCUUGUAUAUUAUUGGGGAGGAAAAAUAAAUUUGCUGUGAAGUUGUUUUAUUUUCCGGGAAAGAAGAAACAUUUAAGUGCUUGGAUGCGUUAUAUGUGAAUAUGUCUUUCACGCGAGCCUUUUUAGCAGUGGAUUCGAACGUACAGGCCAGAGAUUUAUUUUUAUUUUGAAAAAAAAA